ACUCUACAGUAAUCAGUACAACAGUACAAGAGCAGCGAUGUUUCGUGUAAUAUUAUCCACCCUUUGUUUGACCUUCGGUGUCUUCGUCAGCGUAAAAGCUGAGAAAAGUUGCGACUCUUUAGGCACCCUCAUCUAUGAGGAUAUGGCCUGUAGGCCAGUGAAGAAAGAUGGCAGGGGUUGCGCUAUACAGUACGAAUGCGACGAUGUAUCCCAGAAAAUCGAUUCUUGUUUCUUUAGAGGGAAAAGUUACCCACUAUAUGGACAACUCAGAAAUGAAUUAACUAAUGAAGACUGCGGCGCGGAGUGUACCUGCCAUAAUUAUUUCGGAACUCCAAGUUUUGUAUGUUUGUUAAUAUAUUGUGUCAAUGGGCAGAGUUUUGAUUUGAAGCCUGGUUGCUACGACAAAUACGAAUUGGAUAAAUGUUGUCCCGUAGGAAUGACGUGUCCUUCGGAAGACAACCCGUUAGCAGAAUGCCACGUAGACGGAAAAGUAUACAAAGAGGGUGAAAAGUUCUAUCCAAAAGAUACCUGCCUUAAAUGUGUUUGUGGUAAAGGCUGGAACGGACGUUUUGAACAUCCUUUCUGUAAGAGGUCUUUGUGCAGUAUUCAGUUUGACGGAAUAGGCCAGGUGCAUAGCAAUUGCGCACCUCUUUAUUUAAAUAAAGAGGUACUUUGUUGUCCAAUCACUUGGGUUUGUCCUACCUAUAAAUCUGACCAUAUCACCAAAAUUAACAACAAUGUUGAUUCGAACUCAGACCUCUUCUGUGUAUUUGGAUCUAAAACGUUAAAACUUGGGGAAGGAUUCCAAAGGAAAGUCAGCUAUUUCCUCCCUCCAAGAGAUGUUCAGUGUGAAUGUAUAGUACCACCGUUACUAACGUGCAAAGUAAUGUAGAAGUUCAAAAUUUAGUCUCGGAAUCGUAUAAUAGAUCGAAAGUUUUAAUUAAUGGUGUUAGUUUUGUUGCUUAGAUAUACUAAUAUCAUUUUUUUUUAAAUAUUUUUUUCCAAGCUGUAAUUCAAUUAUUUCAUUUUGUACAUGUUUGUGGAAAUUUGAGAAUAAUAAAUA